GAGUGGUCCCUCAGUCCCGGGACCACCUACUGGAGUGUGAGUGUGUGCUUGCACCAAACAAAAGUUUUAUUGCACCAGAAGCCAGAGUGCGCACGUGUUUAAGCACGCGGUAGAGAUCCUGGCGGGCGCACCUCACGAGCGGACCUCGUCGGUUCUCUAGUCUUACGUUUCGCGGAAAAUUGUGACCGUUUGUUUGACGAACGUGACUUUGGUCCCAAAGGUGGUUGCCUCAGCUGCAACAAUCCGUGGAGGUUACUUGCAAGGACGCGUGCGCUCAGGAUGUCGUUAGUGCUGGAAGUUUAAUCCCCCCAAAUGUCCAGCGUGCCUGUUUACGCAUAGACGUGCUGCAGCGUCCGCUCCGAUUGGCUGCCUCGGGUGCGGGCGACUUCUGCGACGGCGCGUGGCCUUAAGCGCUGGUUAAUCGCCGGACUUUUGGGCUGGUGCAGUUCACACGUGAGUCGGAAGCCGUUCCGAGCGGUGGCGCGCGCGUGCGCUCUGGCUCUCGCGCAAAAAGGUGCUCGGCGAAGUGGCAGCCCACGCGAGGACGGCUCAUUCUGAAAACGCUGCGCCUACCGGACGUGCGCGCUGCGCGGAAACGCUCGCGUGUCACUUUCGCUGGUCUUGGAAUUAUAAACGCAGGUUUGCCGAAGGAGACAAAAAAAGUGGAUGAAAGAAAGUGAAAAGUUAUGGAUGAAAGAAUAUCGCGACUGCAGGACAGACCGUUCCUUGAUCACGCAGAUUUUCUGGGGGUCGAAUAUUCGUCUCUUUACAUGUGCAAGUCGAAAAGAGCCAUGAAGCGAGAGGAAGGAAAGGACGCUUACAAGUUACCACACAGACUCAUAGAAAAGAAGCGACGGGACCGGAUUAAUGAGUGUAUCGGACAGCUGAAGGAUUUACUGCCCGAACACCUGAAGCUAACGACGCUGGGUCAUCUGGAAAAAGCGGUGGUUCUUGAGCUAACUUUGAAACACUUGAAUGCUUUGACGGCGGUCACGGAGCAACAGCACCAGAAGAUCCUGGCUUUGCAGAACGGGGAUCGGUCGUUGAAGUCCUCCAUCCAUGCCGACUUGGAUGCUUUUCACUCGGGCUUUCAAACGUGUGCCAAAGAGGUUCUGCAGUAUCUGAACAAAGUGGAGAACUGGACCGCCCGCGAACAGAGGUGCACUCAGCUGAUCAACCAUUUGCACAAAGUUUCUGCACAAUUGCACCCAAGCGCGCGACUUGUCCACCAGCCCUUAUCCAGCGGAGACGGUCAGGACCGCGACGGGCUGAAGGACGGCCAGGCCAACUGUGUCCCCGUCAUUCAGAGGACUCAGAACCCGGAGCCGAGCGAAAACGACACCGACACCGACAGUGGAUAUGGAGGAGAAGCCGAGAAAAGCGAAGGCAAACUGGAGAAAGGAUGUGACCCUGAAAAAGUUGCGGGACCGAAGGGAGUUAAGAUAAAACAGGAAUUUGGAGAUGAACGUACUGCCAAAAAGCCUAAAAUGACCUGGGCUGGAAACGGUGCUUCAAGCACGGAUCAAACAAAUCGAGCAGACUUGGCGUUCAUGAACUCUUUAAUGGGAAUGACUGGCGUUGGACAGCAAACUCCAUUUUGCAUGCCGUUUUACUUUAUAAACCCCUCGGCGGCGGCGUCCUAUAUGCCUUUUUUUGAUAAGAGCAAUCUGGAGAAGUUCGUGUGUCCAGCCGCGGCACUGACCAGCCCGUUCCCGUGGCUGUACCCCGGGAUCCCCGCGCACGCCUCCACUGCAGCCGCUUUCCCCUCCGUGCUGGUGGAUAAAAGCUGUGGAUUCGAUACUAUGGCAGACGACAAAGACUCUCUCUCUCCGGAUGCCGACCUGUCGAGCUCCACGGACGCGUCUUCCCCUGCGAGUGCGGAGCAAGGCUCCGGUAACGACUGCGUUGGGGACCAAAGAAUGGAAAACGGCAGUGCAUAGGAUGCUUCAGGCCCCCUUUGCGCGCUCUCGUCUGCUUGUAACAUUGCGUACUUGCGUAAUAUUUGUCGCCGAGUAUUCUGUAGACUGUAGUGUUUCUAUAGAUUCACAGACGAAGCUUUUCUUUUUAUUUUUUAUCCUUACUUUUUUAUUCUGAAAAUUUGCGCAAACAGGGUUUCACAGUGGAAUUGGUCUUUAGCUUCGUCGGGGAGACCGGGGGACGUUGUAACAACUGCUUCCUUUUGUACCCAAACCCUUGAGAUUGGGGUGGAAGUCGACAUUAACAAAAGCCUACAUGUCUGUCAGUAUUGCCGUUUUUAAUCUAUGGCAUUAGUCUUAAGAAAAACGUGUUAAACUGAGGGUUUGAUAUUUUUCUUAGCCGAGGAAAGUUUGUUUAGUGCAAUAUUUGUUAAUGCUCUAUGAGCUAUAAACUACUGCACCUCUUGUAGACAAUUUGGAAACAUACUGGCAUCUUGGAUGUAUUGUAUGAUGGUGACCUCAAGCAAACAGAAGUGACCACUGCAGGAUUUGUUAGAAAAAAAAUCUUUAUUUUUGGUAGACUACUGGAUUUGCCCUUGACGGUGAGGUUCUUAUUUCAUACUUUAAUCUUCAGUGCUUGGAAAUGUUACUUAAAUACCUCAACAUAUGUCAGCAUUUAGAUAAGGGUUCAUUUCUAGAGAUGUUCCUCUGGUCACCAGUGCCCUGGGCGGAACCCUCUCUCUGUUGGGAUCGAAGCUGUUUUUGUUUUUAAUCAGACAAUACUACUAACAGUGCUCUGACCUUUUGUUAUGACAGCCCUCCCCCCCAUCUCACCCCCUCAUUAAUCUUUUUAACUUUGAGAUUUUUAGUAAGGUGCAAACUCCCAGUUGGAGUAGCUGGGCGUAACAUGGGCUUUUCGGUAGUUGGAAUCCUAUGGAAAUCCUCUGCAAGGGUUUGUGGUUUGAGGAUGUUCUUUCACCAUCUCGAAGAGUUUUCACUUCAGGCCUAUUUUCUAGAAACAGUUAAGACCAGAGUGGAACUGACUCAUUCUGCCCUUGGGGAUUAUCUGCAGAAAAUGUCCUUUUGUCCAGAACUUGAGAGGUUUCUGGAGAAAAGAACUACAUGGUCCUUGUGACAGGACUUCCGUGCACCUACACAACACGGAUCUCCAGCGAGUAAAGCUCUGUUAGCACCUUACAGACCUUUGAUAUUGAAUGUAUUCUGUGUUUUUUGGUAGAUAUGAAAGUUAAUGUAAAUAUUCUGAUAAAAGUGGGUCUUUAAUCUGUAAGUGCACUUGCCCGUGACCUUUCUGCUCCUUUCAGACAGUCCUCACACGUUUCCAACACGUGACCCUUCCUCCUCUUGACUGUAAUAUAUAUUUUCUUAAAGAAAUCCUCCUAACUAAAGUCUUGGAAUAAAUGUGUCUUGGACUAAUGUCUAUUGCAACAUAACAUCCUCUUCUAUAGCUACACAUUGCAGUACAACUCUUCUGGAAGCAGACUCUGUCGGAGUCAGGUGGCACAUGCUUUUGUUAGUCAAUCUAGAAAGGUUUUUAUGAUUUCAGUAGUCGUCUAUCUAAGCAAUCAAAGCACCUCAUGUAUUUUGCCAGGUUUAGUACUGUCAUUAUCCUCCAUGUGAUGUAAGACUCCUGAUCAGGUGUCACUGUAGCUGCCCAGACAAGUGGUGAGUAUUUCACCUUCAGAGGCUUACGAGAUUCAACAGAUGCACGUACACACAAUGCGUGUAAAUUUACCACGUUCUCUGGCGCUGAUCUCAGAACCGCACCCUUUCAUGGCUUUCCAAUAUCAACAGAUCCACAUGAACAUAGCGUGUAUGUUCACCACAGUCACUGCUACUGCUCUCAGAACUGCGCCUCCGGCAGGGGUUUUGCCGUUGGUAAUUGGAAUUUAAUAAAAGAUUGUGUAACAUGCAUUAAGUGCACAUGUACUUGGGACUGGAAGAAUGAAGGAGCGAUCCAGAGAUGAGCUCGACUAUCCGGUGAGGGACUGAGCGUGUGCUGCUUUAAAGGGGUUGUGUGCUUUAACCAGGUCCCUUUAGUUUUGCGUGUAACCCUUCAACUCCCCUUUAGACUCAACUGUCUUUUUGCAUAAGGGCGGCAUGUAUGCGCGUGUGGCGAUGUACAUAAGUAGUGAAUAUGCUAAAUGUCUAAUGUUCAUGUUGUAAAAAAAAAAAAUUAUGGAUUUUAUAAAGGAUUAAUACCCAGCGAACAAUGCUCAUUUCGGUAACGCUUUACACUGUUUGCAGUUCUAAAUUAUUGCCGCACAAUUGUCAAAUAAACUUCAGCUCAAAAGAC